AUGGCUCCAACCACCAUUGCAUUCGACCUAUACGGGACCAUCCUUUCCACCGACUCCAUUGUCAAGGAGCUGGCUAAACUUUUCGGAGAUGAAAAAGCCAAGGUAGUUGCCACGCAGGCCCGGCGCUACCAGUUGGAGUAUUCUUGGAGGAUCAAUGGCAUGGGCAUGUACCAGUCGUUUGGCGAAUUAACGCGAUGGUCAUUCCGGCACGCUGCUGCAGAAGUCGGCGAGGAGCUGUCACCAGAGCAGGAGGACAAAGUGAUGAACGCCUACAACGGCCUAGACGCAUUCCCCGAGGUCGAGGCAGGCCUCAAUCUCAUUGCCAAGACGCCUGCAGUGGAAGCCUACGUCUUCUCAAAUGGCACCGAGGCCAUGAUCACGUCGUCACUGCGCACAUCCCCAUCGCUGGCUCGAUCAAGCUCAGUCCUGCCGGCGUCUCGGGUUGUUAGUGUUGAUCCUAUAAGAGUGUUCAAGCCUGAUCAACGGACGUAUGCGCACUUUGCCAAAGUGGCGGGCAUGGAAUCUCAGGUAGAGAAGUUGUGGCUGGUUUCCUCGAAUCCUUUUGACGCUCUGGGUGCGAGGGCUGCGGGUUGGAGAAGUGUUUGGGUUAAUCGAAAUCCCGAUCUUGGUUGGAUCGAUGGACUGAGCGGUGCGGUUGGGUUGAGGCCGACGGUGAUUGCAAAAGGCGUUGAUGAUGCUGUGAGGAAGAUUAUUGAGAUUGAUAUUCAAGGUAAGCCCGUAGACGAGUAG